AUGGCUUCCCGAGCCACCGCCCCUCUGCGCAUAGUUAGCAGACAUAUCAGAUUCGUCUCGAACCCUUCGCGGACAUUCGUAUCAGCCACAAGGGGGAAAGCAGCCCCAUCAUCAACACCACCUCGCCCGGCCGCCACAUCGACAGCCUCCAAACCGGCGGCCUCGAGGACCUCGCCCGCAGCAGCCGCAAAGCCCGCCCCGGCACCCGCGCCCACAGCGGCUCCCUCCUCCCACGCCGGUCCAGCAGGCUCCCAUACGCCCGUGCCGCAGGUGUCUGGGCAGCCCCUCCCGGACGUGCCUCCCAGCGCCCAGGCCGACGGCUCCGGGUCGCCCAUCGACUGGUCCUCGUCCUUCCACGGGCUGGGGACCGCGACGUUCGGGCCCGAGGUCGCCCAGGUGCUGCAGGCGCCGCUGGAGCCCGACGACAUCGAGGUCAAGCCCGACGGCAUCCUCUACCUGCCCGAGAUCAAGUACCGGCGGGUGCUGAACGCGGCCUUUGGGCCCGGUGGCUGGGGCCUGGCGCCGAGGGGAGAUCUGCAGGUUCAGGACCGCCUGGUCUUCAGGGACUAUGCCUUGAUCGCGCAUGGUCGGUUUAUCGGCCAGGCGCGCGGCGAGAUGCAAUACUUCAGCGAGGACGGAAUCUCCACGGCAGCCGAGGGUUGUAAAUCGAAUGCGCUGAUGCGGUGCUGCAAAGACCUCGGCAUCGCCUCGGAGCUCUGGGAUCCCCGUUUUAUUCGCAAGUUCAUGAAGUCGCACGCGCAACAGAUCUGGGUCGAGCAUGCGGCAACCAAGAAGAAGAAGCAAAUAUGGCUGAGGAAGGACGACGAGGUGCGGUAUCCCUUCAAGAAGACGAACUAG